CUAGCUAAAAAACACGAGUGAAAAAUGACCAGUAGGGAAAUGAGGGGGUGAAUCUACUUUAUUAUUUUGCUAGUUGCACAACGAAUAUCAUUGUCUCUUAAAUAUUAAUGUUAAAAAUCAUCCAGGUGAUGUGAUGUCGUUCCCUCAACCCAAACCCCAGGCUCCUCAGCUUCCUCAACAUCUACUCAGGACCAUUGACUGUAAACAAGGAGCUGUCAGGGCCGUUCGGUUCAAUGCUGAUGGAGACUACCUACUGUCUUGUGGCAGUGAUAAAUCCUUAAAGUUGUGGAGUGUGACCCGGGGGACCUUGUUGAAGACAUACAGUGGUCAUGGAUAUGAAGUGCUGGAUGCUGAUAGUUCCUAUGACAACAGCCAGAUUUGCUCCUGUAGCUCUGACAAGACAGUGAUUCUGUGGGAUGUUGCCACAGGGCAGGUCACACGCAAGCUCAGAGGACACGCCGGGAAAGUUAACUGUGUGCAGUUCAAUGAGGAGGCAACAGUAAUGCUGUCUGGAUCCAUAGAUGGAACAGUACGGUGCUGGGAUACCAGAUCCAGAAGAUUUGAGCCAAUCCAAGUUCUAGAUGAAGCACGUGACAGCAUUAGCAGCAUCAAAGUGGCACAACAUGAGCUGCUUACUGGUUCGGUGGACGGCAGAGUGAGGCGCUAUGACCUGAGAAUGGGACAACUGCAUGUAGACUUCAUCGACAGUCCCAUUACAUGUGUGUGCUUCAGUCAGGAUGGUCAGUGUACACUGAGCUCCAGUUUAGAUUCAACAGUAAGACUUCUGGACAAAAGCACUGGUGAAAUGCUGGGAGAGUAUACAGGACACAAAAUGAAGGGUUACAAGCUGGACUGCUGUUUGUCAAGUAAAGAUACUCAUGUCUUAAGUUGCUCAGAGGAUGGAUAUGUUUACUGCUGGGAUCUAGUGGAGGGGUCUUUGUCCUUAAAGCUGCCAGUGGGGAAAGCAGUUGUCCAGUCAUUGUCCUUCCACCCCACAGAGACCCUGCUCCUCACAGCCAUGGAGGGGCGUGUUCAGGUGUGGGGGGCAGAGCCAGAGGAGACAGAGGAUGAUGCAGUGGUCACAUAGAGGGGUGAAAAUAGUCAAUUGUGACUGCUUUAUGUUCAGAGGACCUUGCUUUCUUUUAGGCGACUACGAUGUUCUCAUCAAAUUGAUGAACUUCAUGGUGUCGUGAAAAUAUUACUGGAAUAUGGCUUCUAAUUCUAGGUUUGCAGCUGGAAUAAGGAGUAAAUUGUAAGUGAUUUCCAGCAGAGAUUUUAUCCUGUUGUACAAGAUAUUUUAAAAUUCGGCUAUUGCAUUAGGUUGAUGAUUAGGAACCUUUAUGGGCCUGGAAAAAAAGGAAAAGAUACUGAUCUUUACACUGAUUGUGUUGUGUGAGUCAGAUGUGUAAUAGCACAAACCAAGUUACGGAAUCGGAAGCCUCAGCUUGUUAAAUAAAAGCAACUCAUUUGCUGUUUGUCUGUCUUAUCAGCUUUAUUUGUGGCUCUUUAAACAAGAUUUAUUUUUAUAGAGGUGAAACAUACCAGCUGACAAAAAUUACAGACUUGAACAUGGGCUCAAAUAUAAUUUUAAUAAUUAAGUGUUUUACUAUAGUCACGGAAAAACAACUGAGUGUGAAACAUUUUUACUUUUAAUACAAAACCUGGAAUAAACCAUGAAAAGUAAA